AUGAGUCCUUUGCGCAAGUGCCUCCUUCUGACGAGCCUUGUCCUCCUGGUGAGCUGCAGUUUGGCCAGGAACCUCCCUAGGGCCUCACCAGCACCAGUCACAGAACCGGUCCAGUGCUUUAACCACUCCCAAACUCUGCUGAGGGCGGUGAACAGUGAACUUCACAAGGCCAUACAAAUGCUAGCAGUUUACUCCUGUACUCCUGAAGAGAUCGAUCAUGAAGAUAUCACAAAAGACAAAACCAGCACCGUGAAAGCCUGUGUACCACUGGAAUUAGUCAAGAAUGAGAGCUGCCUGGCUUCUGGACAUAUUUCUUUCACAACCAAUGGGAGUUGCCUGGCUUCCGGAAAGACCUCUUUUAUGAUGGCCCUGUGCCUUAACAGUAUCUAUGAGGACUUGAAGCUGUACCAGCUGGAGUUCAAGAACAUGAAUGCACAACUUUUAAUGGAUCCUCAGAGGCAGAUCUUUUUAGAUCAAAACAUGCUUUCAGCUAUUGAUGAAUUGAUUCAGGCCCUGAAUGGCAGCGAUGUGACUGUGCCACAAAAGCUUUCCCUUGAAGAACCGGAUUUUUAUAAAAUUAAAAUGAAGCUCUGCAUACUUCUACACGCUUUCAGAAUUCGUGCGGUGACUAUCGACAGAGUGAUGAGCUACCUGACUUCUUCCUGA